UUGGCCUCCCACGCCCAGAACUAAUCCCAUACGCUCGCGGUGGUCCCAAAAACUUAGUUAACGCCGCUUCAAAAGGCAACAUCCCUCUGGUUUUAUACUUUCUAAACCACGCAAGAGCGAACCCGUUACUCAAAAACACUUUUUCAGAGAUGGCUUACGAUGUCGCGGCCGCAAACAGCGAAGCAUACCUCUGCGACAUUCUUCAGAGUAGCGAAAAGCAGCGGUGGAAGGAGGAACAUUCUGCCGAAGAAAUAUACGACCCUCUUGCUAUUCACAGCACAGUUCUGAUGACCGUGCACGAAAAUCAAAGAGCAGCAUCCUCGUUUCCGCUCUCACUCAUGGCCCCAAAGUUUUCUGCAAGCGCACUUACUCAGCAGGAUGUUUGCGGUCCAUGGUCACUCCCCAAUGGACGACCCUCGACAAAGGACGACGUCCAUCUGCCCCUUGCUGCAGCCUCUGGAGCCUCAAGUACCAGACCGAAUAUGCAACGCGGGUGGUUUUGGCUAACAGAGUGGGUCGUCGACAAAACGGAUCCUAAUACCGACAAUGAGGGUUGGCAAUACGGAAAGUCCUUGACGGAUGUGAACCAGCAGUGGUCGGCAAUGCCCCCAACCUCCGGCAGCAGCUGGGUGAGGCGCAGAAAAUGGAUAAGGGUGAUGAAGAAACGCAUGGAUUUAGUCACUACGGCGGGAGGUAUUCCUGAGGAAGUGAAAGCUGAACAGUCCCAUUGGGCUCAGGAAAUGGCUGGAAAUUACAGCAAGCGAGCGAAGCUUGCAUUGAGGCUAGACGAUGGAUUUAAGGAUAAAGAGCAGGAACUUGCGAGAUACCGUCAGGCCAUCCAGAUACUGCUCAACGGCAUCAAAUUUGAUAAGGAUUCUGUAUCUAAGCAAACAGCCUCGGAUAUAGUCAAGGAGUAUCUGCAGCAUGCCGAGGAAUUAGCGGACUCUAUUAACCAGCGAAAAGCAGCAUUAGGAGAUUUCCGCCAAUUGGACACACCCCGACCCCAAAUUGCUUCCCGUUCAUCAGAAGGCAGCUCUGGAUCAGGCAGUGAACUACGGAGAUUAACCCUUCAGAAAUCUCGGCCAUCAGAUGUCGCAACCCUUGAGGAGCUGGUUCAUCAUCAUCCGAACGGAGAUAGCGAUGCCGAUGCCCACUCUGAAGGAACAAGUAAUGGUAGUUUUGCCAGCACUACUAACAUUGUCAACGCGUAUACAGAUAUUCCAGACGGCAUGGCUGCAGACCCACAGAGGCAAUCUUCUUUGGAAGGCGAGGAGGCAUUGGAGCAGCACCCAGGGAACGAUCAUGAGACUGAAUUCUCGACAAUCACUUUAUCCUCUGUUGCGAUGGGAGACGAUCAGGAUCUAGCAGUUACUUUCGAUGCAACAACUUUGGAUACACCAAAUCACGACGACAUUUUGCAGAGUGAGGUUACAAGUAAUCACUCUGAAUCAUCCAGCAUACCUAUUCCUGCUCCCAGCCAUCCUGUGCCCGAGGUUGCUAUUACUAAUGCUUCUCCAGCAACAGUGCAAGCUGAACCGUUCCCGAUUACUCGCCUGACACGAAUUUCAAGGCCGGCGACACCUUCCUCCUCUUCAACAUCAAUCGUUGCCAUGUCGUCUCAAAAUAAUACGAGAGCGGAAUCAGAGCCGGGGUCAGAGCCAUCACAGGCCCAAGGCAGCAGUAGGGAUGGUCGCACAGGAGCUAUGCAGUAUCUGCGGCAGCCUCUGACCUCGUUCCCGACGCCUAAUGCCUUCCCAAGUCAAGACAGGGCGUCUUCGAGUCGAAUCCAGUCGAUGCAGACCCCUCAGCCAUCACCUCGUCAACAGCCCCGCCAGGUACAGCCUCCGGUCGUGGAGGCGAAAUGGGAAUCGGACCACAAAGCCAUUGAAUGCAGAGAGUGCCAUAGGAAGUUUUCACUAUGGCUACGAAGACAUCAUUGCCGUCGUUGUGGUCACGUAGUCUGCGAUCGCUGCUCGAGCCAUCGGGCAAUGUUGCACCCAUCCAUGGUCGUUUUCGAUCCUACCUCAAGCGAGGCGUACCUGAAUCACCAAAUGCUGGUUAGAAGGGGAACCGUUCAGAGCUAUCGCGUAUGCGACUCUUGCUAUACAGCAUUGGGACCCGGCCGCUCGUUAAGCCUUGGCGCUGCGUCUGGAUUUGGAUCGGAAUCAGGAUCAGGGUUGGGAUCUGGUUCACCAUCAGGCAUGGUACAGCAUAACACUGGACCUCAACAGGCACACCGCCGAAUGCUCCAUGGUGACGCCCCAUCGCACCCUACCGGUUACGCAUCCAGUGCGCCCGCGCAUAACGAUGGUAGUCUGGGAGUUUAUAUGUCAGGCUCAGCCUAUGCUCCAGAUCGGUCGCACUCUUCUUCCAGAAGUUCGAGUUCAUCAAGCUUGCACCCGGUACCAAUGGUGCGGAAUGCCAGCUCCAGCUCUCUGAUGAGCGAAUGUCCUGUUUGUGGAGCCAUCCUAGCGGGCUUGGAAGGUGGAAAACCGGCUCAAGAAGCCCAUGUACAGGAUUGUUUAGAGGGUAAAUCGGGCCAAGGAAGUGGGCCUGUCCGCUACGUUGUUUACAAGCUGCCGGCCGACUCUCCUUUGAUUGAUCAAGAAUGUGCAAUCUGCUUUGAGGAGUUCGUUGCUGGACGGACAGUAGCGAGACUGAACUGUCUAUGCACAUACCAUCGGCACUGCAUCCACAGCUGGCUUCAGCAUGGCAAUUCGUGUCCGGUGCACUAUCGUUAGCACCUGCGGGAAUUUGACUAGUUCUCCCACGCUUGGCUAGGCUUGAAUACAUAAAAAACGACUGAUUGAGAAAGAGUUUUUGAUUA